AUGCCCUUGGCUUGGACUUUACGCGAUGGAGUUCUAUUUGAAUGCAGUGCCAGGACUUGUUGUCUAUCAUCACAACAAGACUCUGAGGGCUGGGAUGAUUUAAAAGGAGGAUCCCUGACAUCACGCAGAAAAAUCCCAUGUGCGGCCACAACACAGAGGCAUGUCUGCGUCCUGGAAAUGAAGAGAAGAGUCCCCAAAGAUAAAGUCAAAAUGUGGAUUCUCCCAUUGGCUCUAACAAUGUCAUGA